UUAUAGCUUUGACAAUUAUUGGAUGGGAAAUAAAAUUGAUAAUAAAUAAAUAAUAAGGCAAAAGUCGUAAGAUUCAUCCACAUACAGUGGCGGAGCUAGGAUGGGUUCAAGUGGGUUCAUUGAACCCACUGAUUUUUUGAAAAAAAUUAAAAACUUUUUUUUUUUUAAAAACAAAAAAAUCAAAAUAGGUUUAAAUAGAAUAUAUGUGUAUUAUAUGACAACAAGUAAAGUUGUAGCCCAGUGGUUAUUUUUACCUCCCAUCACACAAGAGUUUGUGGGUUCAAAACCCAUAACUCACACUUUUUUUUUUUUAAUUUUGUUUCCUGAGCUUUCCCUGCUUCCAGCUUUCCUCUUCCUCAUUCCCCCAAAUUGCAAAACCCUAAUUUCUUCCUCCUUCUCUUAAUCUCUUCCCGUUCUUCCUCCUUCAGUCCUUCUCUUCCCGUUCUUCCUCCUUCUCUUCUCGGCGCAACACGGCAGCAGUCAGCAGAACGCCAGAACACGGUGGCAGCGGCAGCGCACCAGCCACUCACCCAGCAGGCCAGCAGACCCACCGUCGUCCGUCACAGCACUGACAGCCUCACAGCCGUGUAUCGGUGUAUGUAGCAGACUAGCAGUAUAUACCUAUUAUACCAUGAGUUUAGAGUCAUUUUGGAAACGUGCCGGGAAGUCACAAAAGUCUUCAACUUGUUCUUCACCUAGUUCAAGGGAUCCUCCAAUAGAAGAACAUGUGUCUCCUAAUGAUGAUGAGGUUCCUAUUGCUGCAACAAUUCCACCACCUGAGAACACAGGUCCAAGUGUUCCAAAUACUACUGUUGACUCCGAUGAUACUCGCAUUUAUGAUGUUGAUCUUCUUCCACAUGACCCUGGAAAAAGAAUUCCAAUUAUGGAGUAUCCUCCUAAUGAUCGAGAUGCCGUAAGGAGAGGCUAUAUUACAAAGAAACGUUGUGAUCCACGCACACAUAAUUUUCCUCAAAGAAAAGUUGGAGGUAUGCGCCGUUUUAAUGUUACUUGGUUUGAUAAAUAUGAGUGGCUUGAAUAUAGUGUUGAGAAAGAUACGGAUUUUUGUUUUGUGUGCUAUUUGUUCACUGAUAAAGUUGAUUAUUCUUUGGCUGUUAAUGAUUCCUUUAUUAAAGGGGGAUUUAGAGGAUGGAAUAAGACUGGUAGAUUUGAUGUUCAUGUGGGUGGUAUUGGUAGUUUCCAUAGUCAGGCUAAUGAGAAAUAUAGUAUGUUUAUCAACCCAAAGACAUCAGUUGCUGAAUCUCUUUGCACUUAUUCUAAGGAAGCUAAACUACAAUACAAAUCUCGCUUGACUUAUUCAUUGAAAUGUAUUAGAUUUCUUUUAAAUCAAGGUUUAGCUUGUCGUGGGCAUAAUGAAAGUGAAGAAUCUUGGAAUAGGGGUAAUUUUCUUGCACUCUUAACAUGGUUUUCAGAAAAUAAUAGUGAGGUAGCAAAGGUUGUUCUAGGUAAUGCCCCGGGUAAUUUUCUUGCACUCUUAACAUGGUUUUAUUCCUUUGUUAAUUAUGAUUUCAAAUUUCGGAAGUUUCGAACCCACACUUCGAAAAUCCUGGUGACGCCACUGUCCACAUAUAGCUAG